GACGCUCGUCACCGGAAGUGCGACACUUGUGCCUCUUGUGAGCAAAUAAACUCACUAGCCAAAAUAGUUUUGAAUGUACUCAUACUUCUGAACACAUACAAAGUUUGACAAUAAACGUAUCAAAAAAGGGGGAAAAUUUUGACUAAGGCUGCAAAAGUGAAUUAAACAUACCAUUAGAAGUACCGAACCCUGCUGGCCGCCACUCCCCGUCAACAUGCCUGCUCUGUUGGAGAGACCCAAACUGUCCAACGCGAUGGCCAGAGCCCUCCACAAGCACAUCAUGAGAGAGAGGGAGCGCAAAAGACAGGAGGAAGAAGAGGUGGACAAGAUGAUGGAACAAAAGAUGAAAGAAGAGGAGGAAAGGAAAAGGAAAAAGGAGAUGGAGGAGAGAAUGUCCUUGGAGGAGACAAACGAACAGAUCAUGAAGAUGGGGGAGAAACUCCAGUGGCUGCAGGAGGAGAAGCACCAGCUCUUCCUCCAGCUGAAGAAAGUGCUCCAUGAGGAGGAGAAGAGGCGCAGAAAGGAGCAGAGUGACAUGACAACUUUGACCUCUGCAAGUUACCAGCCCAGCAUGCCCAUCCACUCAGGACAGCACUUGCUGAGCAUGCAAGGCAGUCCGGUCAGCCAUGGUCGGCCAGGUGCUCUUUUGGCGGAGCGAAGUAAGCAACUGUUCCAGGCCCCUGUAAUUUCGGGGCGGCAGUUCCAGGCUGGCUUCGGUGCAGGAACCUCUGAACACGGCCAGUACUCCUCCAGCCAGCCAGCACAUGGGCCCUAUGGUGUCACUCAACCACAGCACGCCUCCCCCUAUGCCACAACUCAGUCUGUGCCGGUCAGCUAUGCAAGCAGCUCCCAGCUCAGAGGAACAUCAGCAUUUCAGACCAUGCAGUACCUCCCUCACCAGCAGCAAGGCUACGCUGUUCACAGUCACUUCACCUCGCAGCCAGGGUUUAUUCCCAGUGCUGGGAUACCCCUCCAGAAGCAGCUGGAACAUGCCAACCAGCAGUCUGGGUUUACUGACUCGAGCACCCUGAGGCCCUUGCACUCCCCGGCUCUCCACCCCGCUGCCGCUGGUCUCGUGCCCUCACCCUCCAUUGCUGUCCAGAUCCCUGCUGCCAAGUCUGGCUUGCCGUACGCUCAUCCGUCCCGCCCUGCCUCUCCUGGGAGUUUCACUCAUGGGACCCCCCCUCAACAAGCCCAUGCGACCUCUUUCCAGAGCUCUCCUCAACCUGCCCCUCGCCAUGCCUACCUCUCUCACACCCAAACAGGACAGAGGUUCUAUCACCAUAGCAAGUAACCAAGGUUACGAACCACCAAUCGAGAGGAAGCAACAUCUAAUCAGAGAUUUUGUUUCUUCCAUUCGGACCUGGGGUUAGGCGGAUUGGAUAAAACUGUUCUGUGUUGUUGGAUUAAACGGACUACCAACAGAAUGAACAUGAUUUCUGAACACAGAAUCUUUGUUCUUUUCUGUUCCAUUUUAAAUUGUCUUCUUUGUGGGAAACAUUUGACCAUAUUUUAGCCUUGUUUUCAAGUCAAGUUGACUUCCACCUCACAUUGUAUUUGCAUUUCCUGACCAGUAACAUUUCCACUGUUAGUCCUCCAGUGGAACAACCCUUCAGAAUUCAAUUGAACUACUAAUAAAAACUUGUACAUCCACA